CGCGGGCAGCCCCUGGGAAGCCCCCGGUUCACGUGAGGCGAGCUGGCCCCGCUGAGGUAGCGGAGACGAACGAGAUGAAGCCUAGACCCGCAAGUUUCGUGGAUAAUAAGCUGAAGCAGCGAGUCAUCCAGUACCUCACCAGUAACAGGUGUGGCAAAUAUGUGGACACUGGAGUCUUAGCAUCUGAUUUACAAAGAAUGUACAGUAUAGACUAUGGUCGAAGAAAAAGAAAUGCUUUUAGGAUUCAGGUAGAAAAAGUAUUUAGCGUAAUUACUAGUGAGAAAGAACUUAAGAAUCUAACGGAAUUAGAAGAUGAGCAUCUGGCAAAAAGAGCAAGACCAGGUGAAGAGGAUAAUGAGUAUACUGAAAGCUAUUCAGAUGAUGACUCAAAUAUGGAAGAUUACCCAGAUCCACAGUCAGCAAAUCAUAUGAACACUUCCCUGCUCUCCUUAUAUCGGAAAGGAAAUCCGGAUUCUGUUUCAAGUACUCUUGAGAUGGAGCAAAGAGAAACCACUGUUUCACAACCACCGAUAACUUCCAAAACAGGCUCCAUUGCUUCGAAGACCCCUGCCAGAGGUUCUGAAGGAGGAUGGUUUAUUGACACAACUCCAGGUGGAAAGAAGGACGGUUUUUUCUUGGACCUGUCAGAUGAGAAAAGUAAUCAUAAGAAGCCAGUAUCUGAAAUAGAGGAUUCAAAAGAGUCUUUUCUGGAGAGUAAUGAAAAAAGGAAAGGCAGGUUAAAGAGCAAAGAAAACAAAAGGAAGAAAGAAGAUCUUCAGGAAGUGGAUGGAGAAAUAGAAGCUGUCCUGCAAAAGAAAGCUAAAGCCAAGGGGCUAGAAUUUCAGAGCUCCAGCGUGAAGUUUGAAGAUGUUGGAGGCAAUGAUACGACAUUAAAGGAAGUCUGCAAGAUGCUCAUACACAUGCGUCACCCGGAAGUGUACCAGCAUCUGGGUGUCAUACCCCCUCGCGGAGUUCUCCUUCACGGACCGCCAGGCUGUGGGAAGACGUUACUUGCGCAUGCGGUUGCCGGGGAACUUGACCUUCCAAUUCUGAAAGUAGCUGCUACAGAAAUUGUAUCUGGAGUGUCUGGAGAAUCUGAACAGAAGCUGAGAGAACUGUUUGAACAAGCUGUGUCAAAUGCACCCUGUAUCCUUUUUAUUGAUGAAAUUGAUGCUAUAACCCCCAAAAGAGAAGUUGCUUCAAAAGAUAUGGAACGAAGAAUCGUAGCCCAGCUCCUAACCUGCAUGGAUGAUCUGAAUAAUGUGGCUGCUACAGCUCGGGUCCUAGUUAUCGGAGCUACGAACCGACCAGACUCGUUAGACCCUGCUUUGAGACGUGCAGGAAGAUUCGACCGGGAAAUAUGCCUAGGCAUCCCAGAUGAAGCAUCCAGGGAAAGAAUACUUCAAACUUUGUGCAGAAAACUAAGACUUCCUGCAACUUUUCAUUUUCGUCACUUAGCACACCUAACACCAGGCUUUGUGGGUGCUGAUCUGAUGGCACUCUGCCGAGAGGCAGCCAUGUGUGCAGUCAAUAGAGUCUUAAUGACGCUACGGGAGCAGCAGAGGAAAGAUCCCGAGACUGAAGGUCUGCCCUCUGAAGGAAACCAGGAAGAAAGGAUUGGAACUGAGCCCACUUCUAAAACACAGGAUGAAUUGCAAAGUCUGCUGAGGUUGCUAAGAAACCAAGAUCCCCUCUCAGAGGAGCAGCUGCAAGGGCUGUGCAUUGAAUUGAAUGAUUUCAUUGUUGCUCUAUCCUCAGUCCAACCCUCUGCCAAAAGGGAAGGCUUUGUCACUGUCCCUAAUGUUACAUGGGCAGAUGUUGGUGCCCUGGAAGAUAUUAGAGAGGAGCUCACCAUGGCAAUAUUGGCACCAGUACGUAACCCAGAUCAGUUCCAAGCUCUUGGAUUGGUGACUCCAGCUGGAGUCCUCCUUGCUGGUCCUCCUGGGUGUGGGAAAACGUUGCUGGCAAAGGCUGUUGCCAAUGAGUCUGGCCUAAAUUUUAUAUCUGUCAAGGGCCCUGAAUUACUAAAUAUGUACGUCGGUGAGAGUGAGCGUGCUGUGCGACAGGUUUUUCAGCGAGCCAAGAACUCGGCCCCCUGUGUGAUCUUCUUUGAUGAAGUGGAUGCUUUAUGCCCUCGAAGAUCAGACCGAGAGAUAGGCACAAGCGUCCGGGUGGUGAAUCAGCUACUUACAGAGAUGGAUGGUCUGGAAACACGUCAGCAGGUUUUUAUUAUGGCAGCCACUAACAGGCCAGAUAUCAUUGACCCUGCAAUCCUGCGCCCAGGCCGCCUGGACAAAACCCUCUUUGUGGGUUUGCCACCCCCAGCAGAUCGUCUUGCCAUCUUAAAAACUAUCACAAAAAAUGGCACCAAACCCCCGCUGGACGCAGAUGUAAAUCUGGAAGCAAUUGCUGGGGACCUGCGCUGUGACUGCUACUCGGGUGCAGAUCUGUCUGCUUUGGUGCGGGAAGCUUCUAUAUGUGCCCUGAGACAGGAAAUGGCAAGACAAAAGAGUGGAAAUGAAAAAGGUGAACUCAAGAUUAGUCAGAAGCACUUUGAAGAAGCUUUCAAGAAAGUAAAAUCAUCUAUAUCAAAAAAGGACCAAAUGAUGUAUGAAGCUCUGAGGCAGGCCCUCAGCCAGUGACUUCAGCGGCAGCCCUCGGAGGGUCACUGCGUCAGUGGCACAGAAGCCCACACGCUCUGGGCUGUCACUUUCAGCCUGACACCAAUGUGGUCUCCUGGGAGUGUUUCAUUCUCAAAUUAAUGAGGCCAAGCCGAAGCUGAAGAUUUCUUUCCAUCUGGCCAACCUUGUGUGGAAACAUCCUACUCAUCUUAAAGAAAAAGAAACCAAUUUAAACUGCUGAAAUAAAAUAACUGAUACUUUUUUUAAAAUAAAUGUUUAUUUUCAAACAGUCUUGACUGUAUCAUCGAAAAGUUCAUUACAGUAAAAGAACUUUUUUUCCUUGAA